GCGGAGUUUUCGCCUUUCAGCUGUUGAGGCACUUGACGGAGCUGGUUAACUUUUAAACUUUUUCUCCUUUCCUGAAGACAAACUUCGAAACGCCUCGCUCCGGGCAGGUGCGGAGUGGGCAGCGGCGGUGGCUCACGGCCUGAGGUGCGGUGCUCUGCAGCCAGAGGUGAAAUACCUCGAGUGCUGUGUCCAGCUCAGGACGCCUCACUACCGACAGACUUUGAGGCGCUGGAGCGUGUCCAGAGAAGGGAAACGGAGCUGGUGAAGGGCGUGAAGUGCAGCUCCCAUGAGGGGCCGCUCAGGAAAGACUUUACCAGUCUUUACAACUUUCUGGAAGAAAGUUGUAGCCAGGGCUCUGACCUCGCUCCCGGUGCCAGGUUCCUGCGCUCUGCCCCUAGGAGAAUUGGCGCUGUCGCUGCCUCCCCGAGCGCGUAGGAGCGGCAUCGUGACUGCUUUUGACCUGAAUCUACGAACCUAUGAAGAAAUGAAAGGACAGAACAUACCAGCUGUCAUGAUCUGUUUAUUUCACAUCAGUGCUACACUUUGGGAUUUUACAGAACAGGAAGAAGUAAGAGGGCUGUUUUCCAAGGAUUGCAUCCUCCCUUGUCGUUUCCCACCUGGGCAUGAUGAAGUAAUUCACUGGAGCAAAGAAAACAAAAAUGUGCACAGUUACUACCAGCAGAAGGAUCAGCUGGGAGAACAAGAUCCACUUUACAGACUCAGAACACACCUUUUCCAUGAGAACAUCCCUAGUGGAAAUGCCUCCUUGAAACUUAGUAACCUGACCAUGACUGACGAGGGCUCUUACACCUGCUAUGUGGGAACAGCACAACAUCGUACAGAAGUGGAAGUGCAGCUACACGUUAAAGCUCCUUCUUCUUAUGCACUGGAAUACCAAAAGACAAACACAGAAAGGAGACUGAAGUGCUAUGCUUUUCUCACUUAUCCAGCACCAACUAUAUCUUGGGUACAGGGCAGUAUAUCCAUCCGAGAGACAGAUCGGGAGGAAACUAGGAAUGGAGUUCUCUCUUCUCUUAGAAGUGACAAGGACAUUAUAAAUGUGACAGAUACUUAUUACUGUCAUAUUCAUUUGGAUCAUGAAGUGUGGGCUGCUGAAUGGAAGAUGCAAGACCACCUGUCUAAGGUGGAAGGAGAGAGCACCAUAAUUCCUUGUGAAUACGGCCUUGACACUGCAAGCACUGACGCUUUCAGUGUUGUCUGGACAUUACACAGAAACACAGUGACCUCAGUCCUGGCCUCCUUCAAUGGCACAUCUCACUCUCACCAGCCUCGAGUCCAGGUUAACGAAAGUGACUUUUCGCUGAGGUUGGAUCAUCUUACGGCAGGCGACAGUGGAGAAUAUCUGUGUAAUAUUUCAACACCUCUCUACACAAAACUUGCUGUGACAACUUUGCACGUCGAAAAUUCAGGUAACACUGGGAAAAUUGUGCUAGGAGUGCUUGGUGCAGUGGCAAUAGCAGUGGCAAUAGCAGUGGUACUUUGCUAUCUCAAGGUAAUUAAUUUUACACAUCAGUAGUUCUUAAAAGUAUUUUUAUUUUGUCUAGAAAAAAAAGAAAAGAGGAAUCAUAUGAACACGAACACAUUGACAUACAGGAAGAAAAUAGUUCUCUGCACACAGAUACUACUGACUCUGGUGAUGAAAAGAACAAAGAGUUCCUCCACCUUCCACUUUGAGUUACAAUAAGAGCCACAUGGAAAUGUGAUUUUCUGAGCAACAGUAAUGGACAAAUGAAGAGGAAAAAAAAUCAAUGGACACUUGUAUGUGAAAAGUCAUGGAGCAGGGCAUCUCACCCCCCACAUGAGCUUAUCUGCUGCUUUUUAACUGGUGAGUUAACUCAAACCAGACAGAACUGUCUUGUAGUGAGUUAUUUUGCACCAUGGGAUUGCCACCUGGAAGGACAAACUGGAAUUCUGACUGACAGGCACCUGCCUUGACAAUCUAUAUAAGCUACAUCAAACUUCCACAAAGCAGAAAUAUUCUGCACAUUUUCCUGGAAACGUGGAGUUUCUCCUCAGAGCAGGGACGCCUGCUUUGCAGUUAUUCCUCCGGAGGCUGACUACUUAUUUUGCUAGUUUUGAUAUAGGUAUCUUAAUAUCGUGCGCUGUUUUAUGUAAUCUGCUGGUAGUUCUUUUGUUUUAUACUGUGUCAUAGUUAACUCAGUCUAAGCCCUUUCAUGUGUUACUUCCUGUCUGUUCAAUAAAUAACUCAUUUUAUAUAAAUA